AUGGCCCAAAAGACCAGGAAAGCGAAGCGCGGCGCCCAGGCGGCGCCUGUCGAGGGCAACGCAAACCGCAAGAGAAAGGCAACCAAACCUCUCGAGAACCGACGCAUUCCAUCGCCUCCCGAGGCCAAAAAGCGUCUCCAUAAAGCCGGCGUUCAACUGGACAAAAUCACAUUACACCCUCCUACCGUUCAACGGAUCUCGCUCAAAAACCUUGCCCUCGCGACGAGCAAUGCACAAACAAGCGACCCGGGAUCAAUUAUCAAGUACGUCAACGAGCGUCGCUGGAAGCCCCGGUGUGCUGCUUUCGCAGUCGUUGGUGGUAGGCGCGCAGAGUUUGUGGCCCCGGUUGCCUCCAAGAGUGAAAACGCGUACCUUGCUCUGAUAGAAUGGGGCCACAAAGCGACCAAAGACGGGGACUUGGAAUCUGCGUAUCUUGUCCUCCUAGUUGAGGGCCUCACCUAUUGGAUUGCAUUUGACAAUCCAUACAAAGACCAAAAGCGCACGAUUCUACACCAGUGCAUGGACCUUUAUGUUCAAAACCGACACGCCGACCUGCUUGACUUCCUCGUACCCAUCUUCCAGCCUUUCUGGAGCAAAGCAAGCGCGAAACCCUAUCCCGACAACCUGCAGUCCUUCCUACAUCGCGCGAGAACCUAUCUGCGUCUCCUCCCCACGGGUGUCCUUGCACCAUAUCCGGAGUUCGAGUCUCUCCCUUGUGUCGACUGGGGCGCAUACUUGAAACUGUGGCCGUCAACCAGGAUAUGGAGCCUGUCAGACGUCAAGCGCUUCGCCCUGAAUACCACCACAAUUUCGAUAUUUGAAGUCGCGAUAGACGACCAGGGCGAACCCCUUGUAUACAAAAUGGUACGCAGCUACCAUCGUCUUGUGCGCGAGGUCGAAAUGCUGCUGUAUUGCGCACGCGUUAAUAUCCGGGCACCAAGAUUCCAAGGACUUAUUGGUAUUGACACAAAGUGGGGAGGAUUCCUCAUGACAAAGGUGCCGACUUUGUUCCUUCUCUCCGAGUUGCCCUGGGACACAACACCCCUCGAUGACCGUCAACGAUGGUACGACCAAAUCUCCGACGCGGUCCAAAAGGUCCACGAGGGGGGUCACACAUGGGGAGAUGUUAAACCAGAAAAUGUCCUGAUUGACACCAAUCGUGACGCGUGCCUUGCUGACUUUGAUGGAGGCUUCACCCAAGGCUGGGUCGAUGCGGAGCUUGUCGAAACAAAGGCUGGCGACUUGCAGGGCCUGGGGAGGAUCCGUAGUUUCCUCAAGUUGGAUGAAGGAGGCCCGAAACCGUCAAACGGUUGUAAGCUUUGA